AUAUCUGUAUCAGUGUUAUUACCAGCUACUCCCCUAUGAUCCUUUGUACCCAACAAGGUCUAAAACCACAGUUGGAGUUUCUGCAACAGUGUUUGCCAGGUAUUUGACUUGAAUAGAUGGUGUUGAGUUUAAAUUGGAUUUGAGCUAUUUGGGUUACUUUAUAAUUUGUCAUGAAAACCAUGUUUACAACCGAGGCUUUUCCUUUUUACCCUGUUUUGACGAAACGAUGUUGGGUUUAAAUUGGAUUGAGUUAAUGAGGUUGCUACUAAUGUACUUUAUCAUGAAAACCCAUGCCCACAAGUCAUAAAUCAAACUUUCUUUUUCUUGAUCUGUAAAUUUGAGGGAACUGCUUUCUGUAAUAGAUUGAAUGUCUCUUGGGAAAAGUUUAUAUAGAGCCGAGGCUCUAAACAAUCAAAUUUGAGCCUAACUAAAAAAUUUCACUAGAAGAGGUUGUUUUGAUGCCCAAAUAUUUAUGUUUCCAUAUCUUAGAUAUAGGUAUCCCCUGUGUUUUGCUCAAACGUACUCUGAGAAUCGUACUUUGAGAAUUCUUAUCUUGAGUUCUUUUCAGCUUUAGUGGAUUAAUUAAUCUUCUUGAAUCUCGAUGAUGCAAAAUCACCCCAAAAGCAGGAGAUUGUAAGUCUUCUUUGUCAAUAAAAAGAAGGAUCUGAUCAUGCAUCUCCAUAAAAUUAUGUACAUUUUAAUUAUUCUAAAAUGUUCUAAAUCAUACACCGUGAGCAUAUCAUGUCAAAAUAAUGUGUGGCUUGAAAAGGAUCCCCUUGAGAUAUGAUCGAACAUCUAAAGCACUUAGAAACUUAAUGAAUGGCUGCAUUGUGUUGAUAGAACCAUUUUGGAAAUGAAAAGGCUUGAGACACUAGUAUAUUUGACUAAAAAUAGUUGGCAAAUAUCAUCUACUUCUCUGAUUAGAAAGUCUUCUACCAAUCAAGUCUAUCUUCACGCUCCCAUAAUCCCCAUUAGUUGCCGGGGUAGGAGUGGAAACACGAGUGGGCAUAUGAAGCUAACUGCUGUUGACUAUGAGUUGCUUUAUAGUGAUAUAUGUCACCCCUCAGUGAGCAGGAGGGAUGCCAUUUAAGGAGGCUAUCGCUUCUAAAGUUUGCAGAGAAAUAUGUCUAAAGAACAUUGCACCAUUUGGUGUUGGAGACUAAGAGAUAUCCACCAAUGAUCUAUUCCUAAUAUCUCACCAUACUUUGCAGUAAUUUGUAAGCAUCAUAGAUAUGCAGUAUCAUCGUGAUCCAAAAAAUAUGAUUAUCACCUAUUUUGCAGAAAAUGGUUUGUUAUCUUUGAAAACAAUCCUGAGUCCAAAUAUUCUCCUAGAACAUAUAGCAAAUUAGCAAUUAUUGUGCUGUUGCAUUUCUUUGAUAAAAAUCUGUCUUACUGAUAAAACAUGCGACCCAUGGUGGUGCGAGACAAGAACCUUUCUGAAAUAGAAAUUGCAUGACCUUGUUUACUAAACGAAAAAAAAAAAAAAAGCAAAGAAGAAGCAAGGGAUUAUCUGGCUUGAUGGGCUUUCAUUAAUAGUUAUGCUUCUCAUUGGAAGUUUUGUCCAUGUUUUACAUUGAACCUUUGGACUUGUAGAUAAAGGAGAUAGCAUUGUGCUUGAGAUAAUAAUAUAUUGGUUCGUGGAGCAUUUGCCUUCUAAUUGGAAAGCGAUAAAGUUGCUGGGUACUUCCUCAAUUUAAUGUUGUAAAUGUACUGUAAGCUUAGAGGAUGAUGGCCAAUGAUGACCUCUAGAUCCUAUAUGCAUGGUAAAAUGUUUCAAUCUUGAAAACCUUCUGUGAGGUGGCCAUGGAUGACUACUUUGACUAUCGUUUUUAGAUAAACAACUGUGUUUACCGCCAACAUGAUAUGAAAUAUGAUAGAAUGCUGUGAAGUAAUUCUGACAGUGGUCUCUCUCUUUUCCUUUUCAUUUAUAAUAGCUUUAUAAUCAUUCUCUUGUCUUUUGAUCUUUAUAUUAGAAAACCAAACCCAAAAAGGAAAUAAAAUAAAGUAAAAUAAAAUAAGAAGAAGAAGAAGAAGAUGAAGAAGAAGAAACUCAAGCUAGGUUAUGAGCAAUUUGGGAUCUCUAGAAAAGGUUCACAGGAUGUUACAGAUGAGCACUGCUCAAUUUUCUAUGAUAAAGAGAAGGUGGAAUUUUUAGAAGGUGGAACCUUUUGGUUGUCUGAGUCACCUUCUGUUCCAGGAAGCAUGUCAUGGGGAUCUGAAGUUCCAUGCAUUGCGACAUGGGCGACGUUUCAACUCAAGAGAGUUGAGCCACCUGGGUUCAGCUUUCAGAUUGUGAACUCGAACAUGGAUGAAUUCAGUGCUCGUGCUCGUAGGCGAAGUGCUUUGCUUACGUGGCAGCAUAUAGCAUCCCUUCCACCUAACUUGCCAGUCGUGUAUUGUGGAGUAUUCAACACUCAAAAGGAAUCAACAACAGGCCGAUUUCUCCUUGGAAGGUCAAGAGAGCAUGGAGUUGUAGGUGACAUGAGGGAUGCUUGGCCCAGCGCUCGAACAAGGAAAAACGUAUCACUUAUACGCACCUAUCAUGGUUUUAAAGGUGAUAAACAGGGAGCUCUCGAACUAAUAAAGUUGAUACUUCGGGCCCUUUGUCUUUGCUGGGAUCGCCAAACCCAGGAUUUGCAUAUUGAUUGGAUCCUUUAUAGAGGCCGUUCUUUGUGUCCUGCAUCUUGUGAAGUCAUAAAUGACAACAUUGAUGGACUUUAUCCAUCUUCUCACUAUCCUCUAUUUGCAGAGUUCAUGCUACCCCGUACGGUGAGACUGAUCGAAGAAUCCGUGUAAAUGAUGAUCCAUACCUACUGGGAGUUUGUAUUUCUAAUGCUGUUUUUCAUCGAACUGAGAUUUUUUUGUUGUAUUGAUGUUGUAUCUUUUUUAAAUUAAUCUUUUGGAACAUGGUUCCUGAUCCUUUUUGGUGGACGAAACCAGAGAUUGAGCACUUGCUAGACUCCUUUCUU